UACCCCACACUAGGCACACUUGUGACUUGACGAUAGUCCAAGCUGUAAUUUUCGGCUGACUCUAAGCUCACUUCUGUGGUUCAUUCGUGUCCACGAUUUCUAAAAAAUCCACAUUUUGAGCAACUUUUGCCCCACCAAAAUUUCCCCCAAUCUGUCCAGCAGGAUCAAAUUUAGCAUGAUUCCCUAAACCUCCCACUAAAACCCUCAAUUUUCCUUGUUUUGGGUUUCUUUAACUCUCACACUAUCUUUUUUUGAGAGAAAUUCAUUCAUUACAAUGGCUUCUAUGUCUAGAUGUGUGUUAAAAGACUGUAAAUUGCAGCUUCAUGAGGCAUUUUAUACCAGACCCAGUUCUUGUUAUGCUUCAAGAACUGUUCAAUCUCAUCUGGAUCUAAGACAUGGGUCAUCUUUACUUGAAACUCAAAUAACUUGUCUAGUUACUGCCCAGAAGAAGAAUUUAUUGAGUCCUAUUGUUGUUUCAUCUUCUCCUAUCAGCCAGAGUUCAAGGUGUAGAAGUUCCUCAUUUCUGUGCAAAGCAGCAACAGAUUACUCUGGCGAUAUUCCCAGCAGUGCCCCAAAGGAAUUGAGUCAGUAUGAGAAGAUAAUUGAGACCUUGACAACUUUGUUUCCUGUCUGGGUCAUAUUGGGAACACUUAUUGGCAUCUUUAAGCCUGCUGCGGUAACCUGGUUACAGACAGACCUUUUUACACUUGGUUUGGGUUUCCUCAUGCUUUCAAUGGGAUUGACAUUGACAUUUGACGAUUUCAAACGGUGUUUGCGGAAUCCGUGGACGGUCGGUGUUGGUCUUGUAGCUCAAUAUAUGGUCAAGCCUUUGCUAGGGUUUGCUGUUGCAAUGGCCCUGAAAUUGUCCGCACCUCUUGCUACUGGUUUGAUUCUUGUCUCAUGCUGCCCUGGAGGCCAGGCAUCAAAUGUUGCAACCUAUAUAUCUAAAGGGAAUGUUGCACUCUCAGUUCUUAUGACAACGUGUUCGACAAUUGGAGCUAUAAUUAUGACCCCCCUUCUCACUAAGCUUCUAGCUGGCCAACUGGUCCCUGUUGAUGCAGCAGGUUUGGCUCUCAGCACUUUCCAGGUUGUCUUAGUACCAACUAUUAUUGGAGUACUGGCGAAUGAAUUUUUCCCCAAGUUCACAGCAAAAAUAAUCACAAUAACACCUCUGAUUGGAGUGAUCCUUACCACCUUGCUUUGUGCUAGUCCUAUUGGGCAAGUUGCAGACGUCCUGAAGGCACAAGGAGGUCAACUGAUCCUUCCAGUUGCAAUUUUGCACGCUGCUGCCUUUGCAAUUGGUUACUGGUUGUCCAAAAUAUCGUUUGGGGAAUCCACUUCUCGUACAAUUUCGAUAGAAUGCGGCAUGCAGAGUUCUGCACUCGGAUUUCUGCUGGCGCAAAAACAUUUCACAAAUCCACUCGUGGCCGUCCCUUCUGCUGUGAGCGUCGUCUUCAUGGCGGUUGGUGGUAGUGCCCUUGCUGUUUAUUGGAGAAACACUCCCAUUCCUGUUGAUGACAAGGAUGAUUUCAAGGAAUAGAAACAUAUUCCAAAUUAUAGGCCAUUAAUUAAUAUGGCCAAAUUUAAGAGCCAUUCUUUUCUGCAACCAUGGUUUAUUUCACCAGGAUUAAAAAUUGAAUUUUGAUCUCUUAUUUUAGGCACUAGAAAAUGGUAUUGUUGCAAUUUUUUUCCAUCUUUUUCUUCCUUCAGAUUUUAGAUUCAAGGUAGGCGCAAAUAACAAAUUAUGACAUUUGCCUUCAACAUCAAAAUAGUUUUGGAAUUUUCUCUAAAA